CCCGCCGGGCGCCGCUAUAAAGGGUGGCGCGCAGCUCUGGCCGCGGCCGCAGCGCUUAACACCCCGGCGCGCCCACCAUGGCCCCCCGGGCCCUGCUACUGCUGCUGCUGCUGUCUCCGCUGCUCCAAGGCUCUGCCGGGCGCCCCGCGCCCCCCAGGGCCCCGCGACACUCGGACGGGACGUUCACGAGCGAGCUCAGCCGUCUGCGGGAGAGCGCGCGGCUGCAGCGCCUGCUCCAGGGACUGGUCGGGAAGCGCAGCGAGCAGGACGCGGAGAACAGCACAUCCUGGACUGGGUCUGCCACCGAGCCUGCCGAGGUCCCCCUCUGCCUGCUGUGGUCCCAUUCUCCUGCCCUGCAGGCCUGGAUGAUGGCCCUGAGGGACCCCCUGAAUCAGGCCUGGUCUCCCCGGCUGUCUCUUGGACUCAAGUCUGGGGUCAUGGUUUCAGAGCCGGCCAUCCCUGCUGAGACCCAGAUGACGUCCUGAGGAAGAAGGAACCUCCCCUCUUCUGACGGGGGCGCGAACCUGGAUGGGGCAGGGUUGGUGGGAAGGAGGGGGUUGCACUUGGCACC